CCACAGAAAAUGAAUAUUAUAUCAGAGCCAUAUUGCUGCUUGCUGAAGGUGGUUCCUACAUUUCAAAACAAGUAUUAGACAGAGAACAUUCUGGUGACUUAAGACAAAUUACUCAAGAAGUGUGAACAUAAAUUAAGGCACGAAUUGCACAAAAAACAAGUAGAGAAAUUAUUUCCACCAACUGGAAACACUAAUGUGAACACAUGGGACCUUCAAAUGCUGAUAAUUGUAGUAUUAAGACUAUUUCAUAGCUCCCUUAAGCCCGAAGACAGAAAAAAUUUACAUGACAUAAAAAUGUUGAGGCAUGAAGUUCAAGCACACAGUGCUUCGGUAACACUAGACGAUGUUCAGUAUGAUAACAUCAAAUUACAACUGACUGAUGCUUUGAGAAGUUUAGCUUCGGGCUUUGAAGAGAAUGUGCAAGAGGAAUGUAGAUCAAUUAUCAACAAGUACACAUCUGGGCCUCUCGAUGUAAUGUCUGCUAGAGAGUGUAUGAAACAAUUACAGAAUAAUGACGUAUUGUUUAAACAAGUGUUGGAGAAGGUCGAAAGUUCUAAGAAUGACAUAUGUUUGCGCAUAAAUGAUCUUGAAAAGACUUUGAUUGAGAAACUGCAAAAUCUGGAUCAAGGAGCAUACAGGAAGAAAAUCAAAGUUGGUAUGCAUGUGGAGUUAUCUCUCUGUGGACCAACAGAAGAGUGGAUCCUUCUGAUGGAGAGAACACUAAAUUCCGUCUUUAAUGAAGCAUAUAAAACGUCUGGGGAAAGAUUUGAAGAUAUCAAGAAAGAAGUAGAGGAAUUACUCGAAGAUAUCAAACAAAACACAACGAUCAAUUUCAAAGGCUCAGAAACGAUGUGCAUCAUUCUAAUGUUUGAAUGCUUUACAUACUCUGGACUAUUGGAUUUGCUCCAGUAUCUAACGAGUCAGAAAUAUCAACAUUGGCUUAGUGCUUUAGCAGAAACAUUGUCGACGCAUUUCAAGGUUGAUGUACCAGUAACGGCUACUUCUGCUAUCACACCUGCAUGCUUGAAAAAUGCGUUAGACGAUUUAGAGCGCAAAAGGGAGGAACGGGAGGCUGAAAAUUGUCACAGUCAUUCUAAUGAUGAAUCCAAGAAGUCUUUAAAGCUGGCGAUGGAAUGUUCAUCUGUAAAAGACUUGGUAUAUCUCUGGGAAAUGUUUCAAAAAGGUGGUGCUUCACAUUAUCUGGACAGAAUAGCUGAUACGCUUUCUGAGUAUUAUGGAAAGAAAAUAUCGUUGUCAUCGUCUAUAGAUCUGGAAGAAUUCAAAGAAGCACUGAAAGAUACAGGUGAAACAUUUGAAAGUAAAUAUUCAGAUGUACGUCCACCAAAAAGCUCAACUGGAAAGAAAAUAUCGUUGUCAUCGUCUAUAGAUCUGGAAGAAUUCAAAGAAGCACUGAAAGAUACAGGUGCGUUUAUACGUGUUAAAGUAUCUCAGUCAAGAAUAGAUUAUCAGAAUCCAAAUAAUCAUUGA